AUGUUCGCACAACGAAACAGCUCAGCUUCGAUCCGCUUUAUCGUUGCAGGCGCCUUGACAUCAAUUUUCGCCCUCACAUUCCUCCUUUUCGGCCGCGAACACAGCGACGUGGCCCUCAAAUAUAUCAUCAAGACACCUUCUCACUCCGAGCCUCGACCACAUUGCCCAUCAUUGCUACAUACACCCUUAAGAAACGAGAGCUGGGAAUUUAUCGUUAAGCGCGAUGGAAAUAACCACGGUCUUUCGGAGGAGCAAUGCCGCGCUGCGUUCCCGAAACUCUUUGUUGAGAUUGAUAAGUCGGCCUCGUUAAGGACGGAGAAUAAAGUCACGUUUAAAGACUUGGAUUCUCGAAAUGUGGAAGAUGGGAUGGUACGAGGGAUUAUUAAUCGUGGAGAGCUCUAUAUCGUCGACUUUGCAGCCAUGCCCGUUACUGCGACUCGAGCACACGCCACGUUGAACUCGCUAUACCGUGCCCUCAUGGCGUUCCCUGAUCGCCAUCUGCUGCCCAGUAUCGAGUUCAUCUUCACGACGGAGGACUUUGACAACGAGCCAACGGGUUUGGCGCCUAUCUGGGCAUAUUCAAAACGCGACUCCGACGACUCUGUGUGGCUGAUGCCAGACUUUGGAUACUGGGCCUGGCCCGAGGUCCAGAUAGGUCCAUACCACGAAGUGAGACGGCGUAUUGCGGCGAUUGACGAUGGCGAGACGGACUCACAAGGCACUAUUAUCCCCGGCUUGCGCUUCCAGGACAAGAAGAAGCAGCUCGUCUGGCGUGGCAGCUUGGCAACAAACCCGCCGGUGCGCGGGAAGCUGCUCAAAUCCUCCCUGGGCCGUAGCUGGGCCAGCGUGCGCGUCAUCGACUGGGACGACGAGAAUGAUCUCCGCUACAACCUCUUGCCCAUCGAGGACCACUGCCGCUACAUGUUCCUCGCUCACACCGAGGGCCGCAGUUUCUCCGGCCGGGGUAAGUACCUGCUGAACUGCCGCUCCGUGGUUAUAUCGCACCCCCUCGCAUGGCGUGAGGCGCAUCAUGCUGCGCUGGUUUCGUCGGGCCCGGACGCGAACUACGUCGAGGUGGACCGUGACUUUGCGGAUUUACCACAUAAGAUUGAUUACUUGAUCGAUCACCCGGAGGUUGCGGAGCGUAUAGCUAACAACGCUGUGCGCACUUUCCGUGACCGCUAUCUCACCCCUGCUGCGGAGUCGUGUUACUGGCGCCAUUUGGUACGGCAGUAUGCUUCGGUGUGCGAUUUCGAGCCCGUGCUCUUCUCGAUAGACCGCGAUGGCAGAAAACAGCCUCGUGGCAUGCCUUUUGAGAUGUGGCUGCUUAGGCGAUGA